GGAUUGCAUUUGCCAGGAAUAAAAAAUAUCAGAGGAAAGAAAAGAAAAGAAACGGUUGGUGACGAUUGUGAAAAUGUUAAGGGAAAGAAUAAGUUCGUCCUUUCAAUUUUUACGUCAACAUUUGGAUCUAUAUUAACGUUUUAUACUUUGUCUUUAGGAUUAGCUCUCCAUUUUAAUGCUUACUACCCCACUCUGAGUAAUGAAAAAGGAAGAGAAAAUGCGCGAUGUGUGGUUGGUCCACGUAUUGCAAUGGAUGAUGUGUCACGGGCGGCACUUUUCCGUAUCGACCACUGCAGACCUUUCCGCGGAGGACAUAGCGAGCGAAUGGUGAAAUAA